UCAUAGUAAGAUGAUUAUUUGUGGUGGACAGGAUGAAUUAAGGGAAGCUGUGUUGCUUGUGUUUGCUAACAAACAAGAUCUUCCAAAUGCAAUGAAUGCUGCAGAGAUCACCGAUAAGCUUGGCCUUCAUUCUCUACGACAACGCCACUGGUAUAUCCAGAGCACAUGUGCCACUUCUGGAGAAGGGCUUUAUGAGGGACUGGAAUGGCUCUCGAACAACAUUGCUAACAAGGCUUAAUGGACUGCAGGUGGUGAAUUAUUGAGUGAUUAUCAGUAAAGUUAGGAGUCUAGUGUUGGCUUGGGUUGUAUAUGUUACCGACUUGCUGUUAUUGCAAGUUCUCUUAUUCUUUUGGAAAUUCAUUUUUUUGAGUUUCCGGCAGGAAAGGAGAUAUUUGUUCUUUUGUUGCUCUUUGUAUUUCUUUCUUGUCGACUUUGAUAAACAAUUAUUUUGUUGAAUCUUGAUGAUACAUUACAAAUAAAGUCUUAUUUGUUAUGUACCAUAAAAAACAAAGACUUAAUAAAUUUGCUUAAAGCUAGGCCUUCUCUAUUUCUCCCGCGCCGUCCAAUGGGAGUAUAAGUGUUCUCAA